UGAUCGAUCCGUUGAAGCGUUUUAUUGAUUGGCCUCCUGCCUGAUUCCCUCAAUAAGCCAUGGCUUCUUCUUCUUCUAGUUCUUCCUGGACUUACGACUUGUUCUUGAGUUUUAGAGGCGAAGACACUCGUGACGGUUUUACUUCUGAGCUUUAUAGCGCUCUAGGGCGGUCAGGGAUCCAUGCUUUCAUGGACGAUGAAGGAGUUGAGAGGGGAGAAGAGAUCUCUGCCUCACUAUUGCAAGCAAUUGAACGAUCACGAAUUGCGUUGGUAAUUUUGUCUCCAGAUUAUGCAUCUUCCAGAUGGUGUCUGGAUGAACUGGUGAACAUAAUAGAGUGUCGAAGAUCUGCAGCUCAGGUGGUUAUUCCCAUAUUCUAUAACACAGAUCCGUCUCAUGUUCGUAAACAGACAGGUACAUAUGGUGAAGCGAUGAAACGACACGAGCAAAGGUUGGGAGGGGGCGGUGAUCACCGGGUGCUGCGGUGGAGGCUGGCACUCACGGAAAUCAGCAACCUUUCUGGGUUUGAUUCCGGAACAUUUCGGUAA